GCGGGGCAGGCGCGGGCGGCGGCGCAGAGAAGAGCGCGGGUGGAGGGCGCGGACCGACCGAGCGCACCGACCAUGGCCUCCAAGUGUCCCAAGUGUGACAAGACCGUGUACUUCGCCGAGAAGGUGAGCUCCCUGGGCAAGGACUGGCACAAGUUCUGUCUCAAGUGUGAACGCUGCAACAAGACACUGACCCCCGGCGGGCACGCUGAGCAUGAUGGGAAACCCUUCUGUCACAAGCCCUGUUAUGCCACACUGUUUGGACCCAAAGGUGUGAAUAUCGGGGGCGCUGGUUCCUACAUCUACGAGAAGCCUCCGACGGAGGCCCCUCAGGUCACUGGUCCCAUCGAGGUCCCUGUAGUGCGAACUGAGGAGCGGAAGACCAGCGGGCCCCCCAAGGGUCCCAGCAAAGCUUCUAGUGUCACCACAUUCACUGGGGAGCCCAACAUGUGUCCUCGAUGCAACAAGAGAGUGUAUUUCGCUGAGAAGGUGACCUCCCUGGGCAAGGACUGGCACCGGCCCUGCCUGCGCUGUGAACGCUGCUCCAAGACACUGACUCCGGGCGGGCAUGCUGAGCAUGAUGGCCAGCCCUACUGCCACAAGCCUUGCUAUGGAAUACUCUUUGGACCCAAAGGAGUGAAUACUGGAGCUGUGGGCAGCUAUAUCUACGACAAGGACCCAGAAGGCACAGUUCAGCCUUAGAGCUGAAGGUGCUGUCCUCGGGGUCCCCUAUUUGACCCUGAGGCAAAGUGACCUGUCGCCUCAUCCUGCCUCAGCAUGUCUUGCCUGCAAAUCCAGGACCUAAGUGGUGGAGGAGAAAGCCUGGGUAGUCCCCUUCAUCACCUUGGCAUGCCCUGUGUUGCCCACAGUUUUACUUUCUGUCUGUGUGCCUCCAUAGCCCCCAUGGAUCCUGUGUUCCUGUACCCAGCAUUCUCUCUGUCCCUGUGUCCCCAUGUCCCUGAUACCUCUCCGAGGUGGCUGUCCUGUGAGGUCCCUUUGCCCACACCUGCCCACCAGUAUUAUUUAUGCUCUGCUUGCUGGUGAUGGCCAUGAGCUCACAGCAUACCCAGGGUGACGGCACCCCUGCAAGGAGCCCUCUGCUGGCUCCCACACUACUUACUUACCUUCACACGGUUCACAGCUAUGGAGACUUUUGCCGUCAAUAAAUAGUUUGGUUUGAGGAUUGCA